UGACUCUUUGGUCUUCAGAAACAUGAUCGUCCAUUCAUUUUAAAACCCGUAUUAUUGUAUUGAACAGGCAGGGUUGGGUCGCUACUUCCGCUUCCUGUUUCGCCGUAGCGGAAUCAUCGAAGGGCCCCCAAAAAGAAAGAUAGAGGAAAAAAGUUGCACUGUUUAUUGUUGUCAUUUUACUUUAACUUAUUUAAACCACCGAGUCCUCGCCGUUUCAGAUGACGUACUUUCCUCGGAUUUUCAAAAAGUAUUUUUGGUUUUUUUGUAAACAAACAUCGAGGAUCGACCGGGAGUUGUGUUGUGCUUAAACUGCCGUGGAAGCUCCGACUUCCUCAAUCACCUGCAUUGACAUCUUUUUCAUGCUGAUGUGAUCCUCUCUGUUCUUGUGCAUCACUGUGUAUCCUCCUCGCCUUCUUCGCCACCCCUGCACCGUGUCAUCUGCUCGUUGUCAAUUUUGCCGAACGCCCCGCCUCCCGGAGCAAUGUGUGACAACGGCGACCCAGAGGACAAACCCCCUGCCCCUCCGGUCCGAAUGAGCAGCACUAUUUUCAGCACCAGCUUGGGCAAAGACUCUCUGUCGGCCAACCACAGCUCCAAGCCACUGCCGUCUGUGCCCGAGGAGAGGAAACCUCGCAGCAAGAUCAUCUCCAUUUUUUCUGGCGCAGAGAAAGGCGGAAGAAAGAAAGAUCGAGACAAAGAGCGACCGGAGAUCUCUUCGCCAUCCGACUUUGAGCACACUAUACAUGUUGGUUUUGAUGCUGUCACAGGGGAAUUCACUGGCAUGCCGGAGCAGUGGGCUCGACUACUGCAGACCUCAAACAUCACCAAGUCGGAGCAGAAGAAGAACCCGCAGGCCGUGCUUGAUGUCCUCAAGUUCUACGACUCCACGGGCAACGGCCGACAGAAGUACCUCAGCUUCUCGUCUUCCGAAAAAGAAGCUUUCACUCCAGGGCCACAGAGUCCUGUCAAAAAAGGCACUGAGCCCACAUCACCGACUAUCAAAGACAUUGACGAUGAUGACGAUGAUGAAGCCCCGCCUCCUGCUGUGGCUCCCAGACCAGAACACACGAAGAGUGUGUACACUCGGUCCGUCAUCGAUCCCAUCCCCGCUCCCAGCCUGAGCACAGAUGGCGAUGCAGCGUCCAAAGCUGCGGACCGACAGAAAAAGAAGGGCAAGAUGUCAGACGAGGAGAUCAUGGACAAACUGAGAACUAUAGUCAGCAUUGGCGACCCCAAGAAGAAAUACACCAGAUAUGAAAAGAUUGGACAGGGGGCCUCUGGAACAGUCUUCACUGCCAUUGAUGUUGCCACAGGACAGGAGGUGGCCAUCAAACAGAUCAACCUCCAGAAGCAGCCCAAGAAGGAGUUGAUCAUCAAUGAGAUUCUAGUCAUGAAGGAGCUGAAGAACCCCAACAUCGUCAACUUCCUCGACAGUUUCUUGAUGGGAGAGGAACUGUUUGUGGUGAUGGAGUACCUGGCAGGCGGCUCGCUCACAGAUGUCGUCACGGAGACAUGCAUGGAUGAAGCCCAGAUAGCCGCCGUCUGCAGAGAGUGUUUACAAGCGUUGGACUUCCUGCACGCAAAUCAGGUCAUCCACAGAGACAUUAAAAGUGACAACGUGCUGCUCGGCAUGGACGGCUCCGUCAAGCUCACCGACUUCGGCUUCUGCGCACAGAUCACUCCAGAGCAGAGCAAGCGCAGCACCAUGGUGGGCACACCCUACUGGAUGGCCCCCGAGGUAGUGACCCGAAAGGCUUAUGGGCCUAAAGUGGACAUUUGGUCACUGGGCAUCAUGGCAAUAGAGAUGGUCGAAGGAGAGCCGCCCUAUCUGAACGAGAACCCACUACGAGCCUUGUAUCUGAUCGCCACCAACGGAACCCCUGAGCUCCAGAACCCAGAGAAGCUGUCGCCGGUCUUCAGAGAUUUCCUCAACCGCUGCUUGGAGAUGGAUGUGGAGAAGAGAGGCGGAGGCAAAGAGCUUUUGCAGCAUCCCUUCUUGAAGCUGGCCAAACCCCUGUCGAGUCUCACGCCGCUCAUCUUGGCCGCCAAGGAGGCAAUGAAAGGCAAUCGUUAAGAAGAGGACCCUCGUGACUCCCGCCUAGCCAUGCUGUCCUCAAACAAACACACACACACCAUGCCAACCAUUUAGAAUUAGUGCCAGACAAUAGGCUAAGUAGCCUAAAAAAUAAUUUUAAAAAGCCCUGACAAAACCUCACUGUGAAGAAGACCAAAAAUAGCACGACUUUCCCACCCCCACCCACCACCA